AUGACACUCUUUGUAUCAAAUCCAAUCCAAAAGCAACAAGAAAUUGCUGUAGAAAAACUUCCAGUUCAGUUUGGGUUCACUAUUCGUGAAGUUUCACAUGCUAUACCAGCUCUAUGUGGAGAUUACCAAAUACCUAUUUCUUGGCAACCAUUACAGCCAGGUAAAAUCUCUUGCCAACUUGUAUUUUUGUGGAACACAAGAUUCAGAUUUACUGUUUACUUGAUGGGAGAAGCUAUGGAAGCAACUAAAGCACAAACAACUAGGAAACCACUCACUACUACAUCCAGACUUAACACAACAAGAGUACAACCAACUACCACUCAAAAACCUGAAGAAACAACCUUUAACUUAUCCACUUGUAAUAUUUCUGCCAUUCUCCCAAAUGAAAAUUCCUCAAUGAUUGUUAGAAGAACUCAACCAGUAACCAAAACAACAGCACCAACAGAGCAAUCAAGAUUGGAAAAAUCUACACUCAUCAACAAGACUAAGAUUCAAAAGACUGAAAAGAUGAAAAAGGAAACAUCAUCAAUUAUUGGACAAUCGAGAGCUGUAGCUUCUAAUUCAUCAGCUCUUACUAAUAACAGUCUUUCCACAACUCAGAAGAGAAUCAUUCAAAGUACUGCUAGGUCUGAAAUUCAAAAAAUUUUAGAAAAACAAAAAGAAUUGGAAAAAUCCCUUCCUGUAAAUAUGGCACAAUUGGUUCACGAGCUCAAGAAUUUCGGCAUUGGAAUUCAUCAAAUUUCAUUAAUUCAAGGUUAUAAGGAUAUUAGAGUUGCAAUGCUUCUUCAAUGGAUUCAAGCUGUAUUGGAAAGGUAUGAUAAUCUGCCUGCCAAAUACAAAGUUUGGAACUUUUCAUCUCCUUCGCUUAAAACUGAAGAAGAAAUAGUAUUUAACCUUGUUUCUAAUCAAUAUAGACUUCCAUCUCCUCUCCCUCUCGAAGAAAUAUUACCUAGAGAAGAGAAUAGAGAUUUCUUGCACCAUUAUCAAUAUUCCAACAAUGGAUGUUGGAGUGCCUCAUUCUCUCCAACUAAAAUUCAAAAGAAGACAGUAGAAAUCAGUAAGGAUUAUGAUGAACAUCAAAUGGUCUGUAAAAUUGGCCACUUAUUCAAUCAAUUAUAUUUACAUAAGGAGAAUGUCAUUCAAACUAAGGCCCUUGUUGUCAUUCAAAAUUGGAUGCACACUAUUUACAUGCAAAAAAGACUCCACAAUUUACGAGAUGCCUCUACAAUUAUAGAAGCCCGUACUCGUGCUAAUAUUGAAAGAAAGAAGUUGGAAUUCCUUAGACAACAAAGAAAACACAGAAUUCUAAUGGAAUUGACAGUCAGACUACAAGCAAUGGCUAGAGGAUAUCUUUGUAGAAAGAAUACUGUAGUUCAAAAGAAAGAAGUCACCACUCUUCAAGCUUUAUCUAGAGCAUUUGCAGAUCAAAAGAAAGUCUUUGAAUUCAAACAAUCUGCUCUCAAUAUUCAAUCUAUUAUGAGAAGCUUUAUUGAAAGAGAAUCUCAUCUCGAUGACAUUUAUGACGUUGAAGUAACUCAAGCUGUCAUUAGGGGUUAUCUUUCAAGAAAGCAAUUCUACCUUGACUAUGCCGAAUUGUUGGACUAUUUUAAUGAAAUAGAAAUGCAAAACUUUGAGUCAUAUAUUGAAAAUGCUUUGGAAGAAGAUGAAUCUGCUAUUGUUCUUCAACAAUCAAUGGUAAGAGGUUUGGUUGAAAGAAGAAAGGUAUUGGAUUCUAUUUCUCUAAUCUCUGAAUCACAAGCCUUAGUUAGAGGUAAAGAAGAGAGAUCUCAAUUCGCUCAAGACAAGGCUGAUAUAAUAUCGAUUCAAUCUUUGGCAAGAAGCCUUUUUGCAAAAAGACAAUUUGCUGAAGAACAGAAGAAGAUCGUCAUUAUGCAAGCUAUUUCUAGAGGAUUUAUUGAAAAGUCUCAUCAAAAAUACCAAGAAUCAAGAGUUCAAAUCAUGCAAUCCUUGCUAAGACGAGUUAGAACUGAGAAUGCAAUGAUUGAAUCCACUGAAAGAAUUACAUCAAUGCAAUCUCUUAUGAGAAGAUUCACUCUUGAGUGUGAUACUUUGAUGGACAGAUACCGUGCUUACAUUCUAUCCGCUAUUAUUUUGGGAAGUUUGGAUAGAAAGAACAAGGAGGAAUCUUUCGAUAGAGUCACUACCUUGCAAGCCCUUAUCAGAGGUCGUCUCCAACGUAACAAUCAACAAAGACAAACAGAAUCGCUCAUGGUAAUACAAAGAGCUAUGAGAGAUGGAUUCUUUAGAAAGAUGUACAAUAACUUUGUUGGAUCUGUUCUUUCACUUCAAUCCAAUAUGAGAAGACAUCAAGUCCAACAAGAAAAAGAGGCAAGCAUUAAUUCCAUCACAUUGUUGCAAACAUUAAUCAGAGGUUUCAGAGAUAGAAAGAAUCACUCAAUCGAAACCAAUAGAGCUGUUUCUCUUCAAACUACCAUCAGAAGUUUCAGAGAAAGAGAAAAGGCCAACCUUAUGCAACAAGGUAUUCUCUCUAUCCAAGCUUCCCUUAGAGCUAAGAAUGAUAGAGAAAGUAUUUUGGAUGACUAUUAUGACAUCUAUCUUAGUCAAGCAAUCAUUAAGGGCGUACUUGCUCGUGUCUCAUUCUAUUGUGAAACCUUUGAUGUUAUCAGCUGCCAAGCUUCUAUUAGAGGAUUCUUGGAAAGAAAGAGAGUCCAACAACAAAUGUGCACCAUUGUUGAUACUCAAACCAUGAUUAGAGCAACACAAGCCCAAAAUGAAUUCAUCCAAGACAGAGAACAUACUAUUGUUGCUCAAACAUCUAUCAGAAGAUUUUUGGAAGAGAAAAAGAGAAGCCAAGAAGAAGAUAGAGUUUUGGUGUUGCAAGCACUUGCAAGAAGACAUGUUACUGCAAGAUUUAUCAAUCAUAUUAAGAGUGUUUCACAUCAAAUGCAUGAUGCUGCAACAAAAAUCCAAAAGGUUUUCAGAGGCUUCAUGGUUAGACGUUGUAAUGCUGAUCAAGUCAAUGCUAUCAGAGAAAGAAUUACAACCUUAUCUGCCAAUGUUGAUGAAAGAAAGAAACUCAAGUAUAGAACCCAACGUUCUUUGGAAGUAUUGCUCAAAUCCAACUCUGUUAAUCAAGUCAUGAGUGCAUGUGCUAACUUGGCUACAACCACAACAUGGAGUGAUAGUUGUUGUGAAAGUUUGGUUACCAACAAUGCAGUUCCUAUUUUGUACAGCUUUAUCAAGAUGCUCAAUAGAUCCAAACCUCAUACUGAACUUCUUAUUCACAUUCUUGAUAUAUUACUUAAUUUGACAAGAAUUAAGUAUUUGAAUUGUCUGGUUCACGAAAAGAAUGAAUGGUUCGAAAUUUUAUUCGAUCAACUUCAAAUUUACAGAGAAAGAGAAGAAAUAUUCAUGAGAGCUCUUUCACUAAUUAAGAAGGCAGACACAAAGAGAUUGAAAGCCGUCAGAGAAGACUUGUUGAAGAGAUGUGUUUCAUUAUCCAAGUUGAUGCAAAGAAAGUAUGCCACAGAUAAGAAGAAACAAAAUCUGAACAAGAGCAAUCUCAACUCUUCAAUUCUUAACAAUAGUAGCAUGUUGAACAUUUCAAUGAACAGCAGUUCGUUAGGUAGAAAAUCAUCAGGUAAUAUUUCAGGUGUUGGCCACUCUGUAUCAAGCGUGAUGGUUACUUACGAAAAUUUGCAAGAACUUAUUGAAAUGUUGAGCAAAUUGAAAUAA